GUAACGGAGAAAACAGGGGGAAAAAACAGAAAAAGUAAUGGCUAUGGAAACUGGGGUUGAUGAUUAUACACAGGAUGGCACUGUGGACCUGAAGGGAAACCCAGUUAGGAGAUCCAAGAGUGGAGGAUGGACCGCUUGCUCUUUUGUUGUUGUGUAUGAAGCUUUCGAACGUAUGACCUUUUACGGCAUAGCAAGCAACCUUGUGCUUUAUUUAACCAGGAAACUGCAUCAAGGCACUGUCGAGUCCGCUAACAAUGUGACCAACUGGGCUGGCGCCAUUUGGAUGACCCCAAUCUUGGGUGCAUACAUCGCGGAUGCCCAUUUAGGACGCUACUGGACCUUUGUCAUUUCUUCUAUAAUCUAUCUCAGUGGAAUGGUAUUGCUAACAUUAUCAGUGUCAAUUCCUGCGCUAAAACCACCACCAUGUACCCAAUCCAUUGUGGAGAAUUGCGGGAAGGCUUCAACUUUACAACUAGCAGUGUUCUUUGGCGCACUGUACAUUCUAGCAGUGGGUACUGGUGGGACGAAGCCGAACAUUUCCACCAUUGGUGCUGACCAGUUUGAUGAUUUCCAUCCUAAGGAGAAGGCUCAGAAGCUAUCUUUCUUCAACUGGUGGAUGUUUAGCAUUUUUAUUGGGACACUGUUUGGCAACACGGUUGUUGUGUACGUACAAGAUAAUGUCGGCUGGACCUUGGGCUAUGGACUUCCUACUCUUGGGCUUUUAAUAUCUCUUAUGAUUUUCUUGGCGGGCACACCAUUCUAUAGGCACAAGGUGCCCUCUGGGAGUUCUUUCACAAGGAUGGCUAGGGUCAUUGUGGCUGCCCUGAGGAAAUGGAGGGUGCAUAUUCCUAGUGACCCCAAAGAACUGUUUGAACUUGACUUGGAAGAGUAUGAUGCUAAGAAAGGGAAAUUCAGGAUUGAUUCAACACCAACCUUAAGGUUCCUCAACAAAGCUUCUGUGAAAACUGGUUCUACUGAUCCAUGGAUGUUAUGCUCAGUGACCCGAGUAGAGGAAACAAAGCAAAUGUUAAGGAUGAUUCCUAUUUUAGUAGCUACAUUUAUUCCAACCACCAUGGUUGCUCAAGCCAAUACGCUCUUUGUAAAACAAGGGACAACUCUUGAUAGAUCUAUUGGUAGUUUCAAUAUACCUCCAGCUAGUUUGGGAGCAUUUGUGACAUUGUCUAUGCUUAUUGGUGUUGUUUUGUAUGCUCGUUUCUUUGUCAAGAUUAUGCAGAGGUGGACAAAGAACCCUAGAGGUACAGAUUGAAAGUGGCCAGGGAACAUGGUUUGGUUGAAAAUGGAGGUCAAGUUCCAUUGAGUAUUUUCAUUUUACUUCCUCAAUUUUUACUUAUGGGAGUGGCAGAUGCAUUUUUUGCAGUGGUAUUGAUUGAGUUCUUC